CCACCCCCAAUUGUCAGAGGGAGGUAGGACUUCCUGUUCUUUUCACAGCGACUGACGGAAGUGAUUGCGGGCUAAUCGGCGGCGUUUGCGGAGGUUGGAGAGUUUAGGGUGUCCGUACUAGUUGCUGCUUUUGGCGCGAAAAAUGCCGGGUCUGGCGGCCGCAAGCCCUGCCCCAUCUGAGUCGCAGGAGAAGAAGCCUCUGAAGCCCUGCUGCGCCUGCCCGGAGACCAAGAAGGCGCGCGAUGCGUGCAUCAUUGAGAAAGGAGAAGAGAACUGUGGACACCUAAUUGAGGCCCACAAGGAAUGCAUGAAAGCCCUGGGAUUUAAGAUAUGAAAUGGUGAGCAUGCUACUGUCUUAUUGGGAAGGUGGUCUGCUCUGGGAAUGAAUAAUUCCUGAAAAAAUGAAGAUUUAAUAACUUUGGGAGCUCUUUGAUGAACAUUGAUAAAUUAAAAAGUAUUUAUAACUUAUUAAAAAAAAAGAAUAUCCCUGGUCAAAA